GGAGCGGGGCCGGGAAUGGCGGCGGUUUUGGAGCUGCUGCUACAGGAAGAGGUGUCGGUCAGCGCCGUGGUGCGGUGGCUCCGGCACGGCCCCGGCCACCGCCCGGCUGAGGAGAACCACAUCCAUGACAAGCUGGUAUCUCUUAGCUUGCUUCAGAAAGAUUUUGUGCCUUUUCUGCUAAAUUUUUUAAGGGAGCAGACCAGCCAGAUCCUGACUAAUGGACCGCCUACUCCUGCUAAAACUCCUAAUUCCAAGGCUCAUGGGAGCCAGCGGACAGGAUCAGAAAGGAGGGCAGGCCAUGCCACCAGCAGCCGAGUGCAGCUCUUUUCUCAAAGGACUUCAGUGACCACCUGCACCACAGAUACCAGCUUUUCUCCUGCUGCAGCAUCCAGUGGUUCCUCUUCCUUUUCUGGGUCGAACCCAUCUAGCCCUUACGGUGAUUUCCCCAGCAUGGUCUCCAGCAGCAGCCCGAGCUUUGGGCACAGCCCAGUGCUCCACCACGGUGAGAAGAGGUCCUCUCAGAAGGCCAGCCUGGGGAGCUUCCUCACGGCCACGCCUGAAGCCCUGCCCGUGAGACGAGGCCGCAGGAAAGGCAGCAGCUCGCUCGGUGCCUCUGGCCGGCAGGUAGCUCGCGAUCUGGGGCGUUCCCUUCCUGAAGAGGAGGACGGAAAGAGUGACAGUGGAUCCUGGAGUGGAGGGAGAAGGAAGCGGAGUGAAGUGCCUCUUGUUUCUGCCAGAUCCCCGCCCAGCCAGCUAAACCUUAACAACUUGGAGGAGUUUCCACCCAUGGGUGCUGCCUCUGGCUGGACAAACAAAAGCAAACCAUCGAGGCGAAUCAACCCAACUCCUGUGAGUGCUGAGCGGCCCCUCUCGAAACCAAAGACCUGUUUCACUUCUACACCCGUCAGCCGGUCUCCAGCCUCCAGCCUUGAGGCCUUUGCUGCUGUCCAGGAAGGAAACCUCUCAUCUGUGAUAAGCAGCAGCCUUCAAGAGGAGAGGGAGAUGCUGAAGAAAGAACGAUGCAAAUUGCUGCACCAGGCGUCUUCUCCUGCAGGGAUAUCUUUUGAUCCUUGUACUCCAACUAAGCCUAGCUACACUCGCAGUGCCAGCCUUCCUGCUGAAAGCCAUUUGGUGACCUGUGCAAAUCCUGCUAAGGUUUCCUGCAAGAAACAAUUGGAGUGUCUGGCACAGCUCUAUUCAUCGUGUAUAGCAGAAAACCUGGUACCAAAUAUUUUUCUGGAACUGUUUUUUGUUCUGCAACUGUUGACAUCUAAAGGCACUUCUUCUGCAGAAGAUGGGGAUAGUGACCCUGAAAUCGGUGAAAGAAAUAGAGAUGUUUCAGGGAGACAGCAUUUUGAAAGUGUGCACAAUUGUGUUUAUUUUGCUGUUCGAGUCUUGGAUUAUCAAUAUGAAAUUAUUUCCCAUUUAGAAAAGGGGAUGCUGAAGCUUUUGGCCGAAAAUGAGCGGAUUGCAUCGUUUUCUCCCACCUUGCACAAGAGGCUCAGGCAGGCUUAUGAAAGCAGCACAGCUAAGGUGUCUCUCCUGCUGCCAUGCUCUGUACAGUCUGUUUCUUUUCAGCCAGAAACUGAUAAUCGCUCUAACUUUCCCAGUGACAGAGCAUUUCACAUAUUUAAGAAACAAAGGGAUAUAUUUUAUGAACUUCUGCGUGAAUGGGAGGAUAACAAUGAGAAAACUGGCUGGGACUUUGAGAGAGUUCUGGGCAGCAAGAUCAGAUGCAGGGAUAUGCAGUCAACUUUUCCUGUUGCUGAGUAUUUGCUAGGUUAUGUGUGGAGUGCUGUGUCCAGGCUUGGGCUCACUGGCACAAGGAACGAAAGAUACAGACUUACUAGAGCAAGUCCAGCUCAGGACUGUAUGUGCAAAGGUCCUAUUGGUGGUGGUGCAAGCUGGGGAGACACCCCAGACCAGGAUGUCCUUAAUAUGCUGGGCUCUGAUAAUCUGAGCCGUCUGAAGAGGCUGCAGGAAAGAUUUGUUGUGCCUCAGAGCAUCAGAGGGCCUUGUCCACCCCCUUCGUUCCCAGGGUGCCAGCAAUUCUUCAAGGACUUCAUCCUCAGUGCUGGAAGUUACCAGUUCAAUCAGCACCUGAUGGAUAGUCUGUGCCUGAAGAUACUUGAACUGAAUGGUCUUACUCUGGUGGAGCACGAGCACAGUGAUGGGGAAGCAGACAUGGAGGAACAGGAUGAAAAGAAGCGUUUCACCAUGGCCCUGUUGAGUCUCCGACUCCUCGCCAAGUUCCUGGGGUUCCUUGUUUUCCUGCCCUAUCGCACUGCAGAGCAGCCAACCAGAGACCUGCAGGAUUCUGCGCUGGCACUGAGAAACCAAACCCUGCCUGUACUGGAUAUCUUAAAGCUUCUGAGACAAUCUAUUCGGGAUCAACGUUCUGUCCUCACUAUUCCUUGGAUUGUGGAGUACCUUUCCCUUGUGGAUCAUAUUGCUCCUUUCCUUGAUUAUUACAGGAAAGUGUUUGGUCUCUUGCUGCAGGUAUACAGGUUAAUGGUCCUUUCUGAAGACAAGGAGAUGAGCUUCCUGAACAAGCUGCUGAUCCUUGCAGUUCUGGGUUGGCUUUUUCAGGUUCCAUCAGUCCCUGAAGAGUUGUUUUUUACUGCUGAUGACAGGCAGGAGAGAUUUGUGAUGGAUACUGUGACAUCUGCUCAGGCUUUGGACUUUGUACCCUUGGUGGAUCAGCAAUUACUUUAUACCUGCUGUCCCUAUCUUGGUGAACUGCGUAAACUACUUGCCUCUUUUGUGUCUGGUAGUGGAGGAAAAAAUGGUGGUUUUAUGAGGAAAAUCACUCCCACAGCUGCAGAGUCCUUAGCACCCAAGGCUUCUGUCACGCAGCGGAAACUGCAGAUAGAUUUGGAGCAGGCCUUCUUCCACAACCAGCCUCCCUCCCUACGGAGAACAGUGGAAUUUGUGGCAGAGAGGGUGGGAUCCAACUGUGUUAAGCACAUCAAGGCAACACUGGUAGCAGAGCUAGUUCAAAGGGCUGAAGCUAUGUUGCAAGAUAAAGUGAAGGAGGAGGAUGUUAAUCAUGACAAACUGCUUGAAGAGGUGUGCACUCAUCUGUAUGAGGAAGGGGCCCAGGCACUCAUCAAAGGCAGAGAAUUUUGCAAAAAAAAAGGUCCUGAGGCAGUAAGGGUGUUGUUGCCAGAAGAGACAUCUGCAGCAGUUUUAAGUAGUGCAGAAAACAUUGCAGUGGAACUGGCUACCGAGAGAGCCUGUGGCUGGCUCUCUGCCAACAUUGCAGCACUCAUCAAAAGGGAAGUGAAGGCAACCUUCAACAGAAUGCUGAAAGUCCCAGGAUUUCCCUUGCCAAGCGAGGAUGCUCUUGAGCUGAGAAGGGACUGUCCUCCAGGCUGCCAGCACUGUGCUCCAUUUCCCUCCCAGAUCAUCAAUGAGAUUAAGGAUGUGCUCUGUGUUGCUGUGGGCCCACGGGAGGAGGGUGAAGUGGUUGACUACAUGUGGCUGGAGUGCUUGCUGGGAAGGCUGAGUCAGACACUUCGAUGCAGAAAGUUCAUAUGUCCCACAUCAGAACAACAGCUGGCCAAGUGCACAGUUGAGUUGGCAUCUUUGCUGGUUUCAGAUCGUGUUCCUCUGAGUCUUGGGAUCAAAUCCCCAGAGAAGAGCCCUGAGAGGCUGCAUGUAAAGAACAAUCCCACCUACGGCCUCCUAAAGCUGCUGUUCUCCAUCUGGAAGGAGGACUUUGGGACAUCUGUGCCUGUGCAGCUGAUCUUCAGCAAGAAGAACAUGGGUUAUCUCGCCGAAGCCAAGCAGCGAGAGUGGGAUUUGUUCCUUUUCCUGCUUCAUGGUCUUAUAGAACAUGAACUAAUGAGAACUAGUGAAAUCCAGAGUUGCUUGCAUAUCCUUGAAGAGCUCCCUUGGCCCUCAGAUUUCAUAAAAGACCUGAAAAGGCUGUCCCGGGUAUUUGUAUCAGAACAUCAGAUGGAGGAGCCCAGGACUAACCCCUGCGAGCUGUCCAGACAAUCUCUAGCUACUGUGACCACACAAAGUUAGCAGAGGUGAACUCUGUGGACAAAAAUUACUAAUGAAGAUGCAAAUGGAAUUUUCAGUGUUUCUGAAAGGAUUGGGAGCUCUUUGCUGGGAGCAUACUGAAGCGAAGAGGUCACUUCGUGCAAAACCUGCGCUGGGCUUUCUGUCAUGGACAUUUUGCUGUGGUGACUCUGCUGAAGGAUUUACAUCAGCAAAUGGAUCUCCAAGUCAAAAGUCUUUAAAGCACCUUGAUUCUAUCUCAGAGCAGCUGUUCUUUGACUCAGAGACACUUUUUGUAUUUGUGCAGCAACAGGCUGUGACCAAACCCAGGAAUCAACUCAAGUUACUGUGAGUGAUCAGAGAGAUUGUUUCUUGGUGACUAUCUCUUAACUCAGUGUGACUUCUCAUGUUGUUUAGCAAAACCUCUACAGUCAGGGGAGGGAAGAGGUGAGCCUAUAUGACACAGAGAUGUGCCUAUAUUUAUUUUUCAUUGUAAGCUCAGUGUUGAAGGUUUGAUUUUAAUUUUUUAAUACUGAUUUUCAAAGUUAAACCGUAUUAAAUAUAUCCACUAGACCAUUGAUGACAUUAUUCCUAAAGGAUGCUUAAGUGUUUUUCCAUCUCUUGCUGGAAACAGAACUUGCAAUUCCCAGGAUUUUUCAUAGAAAUAAGGAAUAAAAUAUCUGUUUAUAUUUUUUACUGAAGACAGUAUUUUUAAGACACUUUUAUAGUUGUGAACAUAAAUGGCAUUUGACUGCUAUUCACUAUUUUUUAAAUAAUUUUUCUUGCCUUGAGUUUGGGUUUUAUCAGUCAGGAAGUGCUGCAGCAAGAGAACAACAGCCUGGAAGAGCAGACAAAGUAGUGAAGAAGUGCUGGAGAGUGGGUUUUGAAAGGGGCCUAUUUCUUGGAGGACAGUGGGCAUUUUCUGCCCUUACAGACAGAUGGUCACAGCAAGAGUGUGACCUCCUGUUCACUCCCUUCUUCCCAAGUAUGUCCUUGAACUGAGAUUUGGGGCAGGGACUGCUGGUGAGUAGCAGAAUAUGUUUAGGUGUUCAUCAGCUCUCCCAUGGGAUUCCCUCCCUCUGCCCCAAAGCAGUGAGGACAUUAUUUCCUUUUGUCUAGGAGUGUCCUAUUUCUGUAGGUUUUUCCAGAAAGCAAGUUCUGAGUUAUUUAAGAACAGCUUCUGGACAAGGUGAAGCCCGGGGCUGUUUAGCUUGCUAAUUAACUAAUCUCUUCCCUGUACAAGGUGAGAAAAGGUAACAUCUUCGAGUUAGUGAUUCAAGCAAAACUACAGACAGGACUCGUUAGGUAGAACUGUGGCUUCUGUUAAAACAUGUGAUACAGAAAGAGAAAUCAUAGAGGUACAGAGUGUCUGAACUGUAUUGUAAUUUUUCUUGUCUUGUUUACUAAGCACUAUAUUGAAAGACUUGGCAGGUUCCACCUGCCUUCCUCUUUUUAGGGGCUUUCUGAUGGGAAUGAAAGAGUCCCCAAAAGUAGGCGUGCUGCAAUACAAAUACAAAUGGAACAUUUCAAUACAAAUUGAAGAGCAAGUACACCAUAUCAUGCCAUACCUGCUCCCUGAGGCUGAGUAUUAUGUGACGUUUUGCUGCAGAUCUCAUUUGAAAUUGUUGUCAUAAUAAACAUUAUUAAAUGUCUUGUCUUGUGUUCAAGGUGUCAGUAGAGAACCUCUUGGCAUCAGGCUGAAGAAAAAACCGGGUACCUUGGCACAAAGGGUAGGGCAGACAAAGUGCAGCACAGACGUCCUGUCUGGCCUGUCGAGCUUCUGCUAAAAUAGAAAUCUACUUGGUUAUGUAAGGGAGGGCAGGGUGCUGAAAGGGGAAGAAGCUGGGAUCCAUAAGAGUUAAAAAAAAGGUGCUCCUGGUUCUGGCAUGGAUUUUAUUUGGGUGUUGUAAAACUGUUGCAUAGCUAUUAUGGCCACAGCCAUUUUCAUGAGCUCAGUAUACUGGAAUUAUCCUUCUCUAAUACAACAUGUUCGGAAGUUUUUAUUUAGAAGGUGCCCAAGCCUCAGGAGCACUUUCCAGCAGCCAGAGAACACAGUUGUGCCCUAUGGGGCUGGAGACACUUCUGCAGUGGCAGCCAGCAGGUAAGAAACACCCCUGUUUCUGUGUUCCCAUGACUUAACGCAGUGACGCUGGUUCUUGGGCAUCCCACAGCCCCAGGCAGUUUGUUCUGUAAAACCAGACACCCCACUGUGUAUCCAAGGCACAGGGGCAGUUGUGGAGCACAGCUUUUCUGCCUGUGGACCCCUGGCCGUGGGGUCAUGCGUGAGGACACGACCCUGCAGCCCCCUGGGCUGGCGGCUUUCUCUCAGCACCAGGCCCUCGGGCAUUGUCCCUCUGUCCUGGGCACUGCUGCUGGUGCCAGAGGUGCUGCAGGCAGGAGGGCAGGAGCUCUCUGAAAGCCAGCUCUGAGGGUGUGGCCUUUCCUCUGCCAGUCUUUCCUAUUGCAAACUCAUAGGUCUCAAAAGAGAAUUAGGAAAAAUAGUGUUAUAGUAACUUCCUUCUGAAUGUGCUGCUCUGGGGAGUUGGGUAACAGGACUCGGGAAGAAGUUUCACCCAAC